AUGUUAUUCAAACAAGUCUUUAAACAUCUAUCGUGCAUAAAAUCUUCUAUUCGAACAUUUUCGCGUACGUCUCGACUGUGCACAAAAGAAUUUGUUGAUCGUCAUUUACAAAGUCUUAUUAAUGACAAUGAAUUUACUUCCAUGUCAUCUGCGUUACUUCACAUACGUUCGACGGGUCAUCGUGUGUUUAUUAUUCAGCCAUCGAUGAAAUUUAAAGCUCGUGGUCGCCAGUCAACAACAGCACAAUUACAACUGGCAGAAUCCGUAUCACUGAUUGAAACGUUAGAUAAAUGGCGUGUUGUUGGUCAUGGAAUAUAUACAUUGAAAACCAGUGGUACGCAACGUUAUCUCUAUGGUAAGGGUAAUGUUGAAAAAAUAGCCGAAGAAAUUCAUGAAUGUCGAGCAACAGCUGCUUUUGUUUCGAUUGAUCGUCUUUCACUUGUACAAAUCGAUGGGCUUGCCGAGAAAUUUUGUGUGCCUAUUUAUGAUCGAUAUUCAAUUGUGCUUCAAAUUUUUAAAAAUCAUGCACAAAGCGGCGCAGCAAAAUUACAGGUUGCUCUAGCUGAAAUUCCAUUAUUGCGAUACCGUAAAAAUGAUUCGGAAUUAUUUAAAGAUCGUGAACGAAAUCUUCGUGCUGAAGUUGUUAAACUUGAACAACAUCGAAAGUUAAUAAAAAAACGUCGUCUAAGCAUUGAUAUACCUACUGUUGCUGUUGUCGGAUAUACAAAUUCUGGAAAAACAUCAUUAAUUAAAGCGUUAACAAAAGAUGCUUCAUUACAACCAAAAAAUCAAUUAUUCGCUACACUAGAUGUAACUACACAUGCUGGCGUUUUACCAAAUGCAUUAAAUUUACUCUAUGUCGAUACAGUUGGUUUCAUUGCCGAUAUUCCAACAACAUUAAUUGAAGCUUUUCGUGCAACACUAAACGAUGCGAUAGACGCUCAUUUAUUAAUUCAUGUUUGUGAUAUUAGCCAUCCGGAUUACAUUGUACAGCAUAAAACAGUAAUGCAAACGUUACGUGAACUCGAUAUUCCUUCGUCAAAACUUGAUUCGAUGAUUACUGUUUUCAAUAAAUAUGAUCUAUUCGAUCAAGAAGAUGACGAUAAAGCGAUUUCAAAACAAGAAAUACCAGAUAAUAAUAAUCGGCUAUAUAUUUCAUGUAAAACUGGUCAGGGUCUUGACCAACUUAUUGAUGUAUUAGAAAAAAAACUUAUGAUUGCAAGUGAUCGUGUUACGUGUGAAUAUCGUGUAUUACAAGGAGGACAAUUGUACCAAGUACUUGCUAAUGGUAAUCAAUGCACAAUUGAAAAUAUGAUUGUGGAUGAGGAUGAUCCACAAUUUAUACAUUUAAAAUGUCUAUUUUCAAAAACUGCUUAUGCAAAAUUUCAAGCUCAUUAUAAUGGCGCAUCAAAAUACUUAAUAUCAAAUGAUUCUUAA